AUGGCGAGCGUGCAGCCGGGCCAUUCCCAUGGCGACCUGCACGACGACGAGUCCCUCCUGGACGACGACCUGAUUGAAGCCGACGAUGAUAUCGAGGCGGACGACCCUCUGCACACCUCCGACACAGCCCCUCUGCGAGGCAACAUCGCAUCCGACUCUGGCCCCCGAGGGGGCCGCGUGGACGGCUAUGGCAACUAUUUGACCUCCUCGAUUGGCGGUGAGGACCGCCGAGCGACUCAAAAUACCAUCGAUGAAAGCGUCUGGGCGACCCUGUCGCGCGAUCUGAUCGCGAUUUCGGAGAAGAUGCGCCAAGUACUGUGGCCUAAGUACCUUUUGGGCGGCAUGAUGCAGCGCGGUGGAGGAGGUAUGGGUGAUGCCGCUGAGCGAGGAGAGGCGUCUGGAUUUGGUCGCAACCUGCGCGGGCUCGUGGGUCGCUGGCCGGAUGCCGACGUGGUUUUGCAGGGUGGCAUGAGCGAGGGCUUGCGCGACUGGGACCUUUGGGGACCACUUGUCUUCUGCUUGGUUCUGAGUUUGUUCUUGUCUGUCGCAAAGGGUGAGCAGUCGUCGCUGGUUUUCUCGGGAGUCUUCUGCAUUGUCUGGAUUGGAGAGGCGGCUGUCACUCUGCAGAUUAAGCUUCUUGGCGGAAAGAUUUCCUUCUUCCAGUCAAUUUGUAUUAUCGGCUACACACUCUUUCCCUUGGUUAUCGCCGCGCUCCUCAGUGCACUCGGCCUUCCGACAAUCGCCAGAAUACCCGUCUACCUUGUCCUUGUGGCAUGGUCAUUGGCUGCAGGUGUCAGUAUCUUAGGCGGCUCGGGCGUGGUGCGGAACCGUGUGGGCAUCGCCGUCUACCCGCUAUUUGUGUUCUAUAUUGCAAUCGGAUGCCUCUGUUUCAUUAGCUAA